CAUGAUUCAUAACUCGAAGACUUGAUUCUGUUUACCAGUACGGUUUGCCAGCAGGCCAGCAGGUGCACUUAAUUGAUCUGUCGCAGGAAAUUAUUUGGUCUUCACAGCGAAGAGCGAGAAAAACUGAUAAGAUCAAUUAGAUCAAUUUCUUUAUCAAUUAAAGUCACCAACCCAGUGAAUUCGGUCAGUUGGAACUCUGUAUCAUUCCACUGUCCACUGGCAAGCCGAGUAUCUUAUAAGUAUAGCUAUUUGCUGAUUUGCUGAAAGUAAAAAAUUUAUAAAGGUUUACACGUGUUAACAUCAGCACAUUUCAUGCAUAUUUUUUGCUUACCUGACGUGGUUGAAUCAAUGAUACGUACCUCCGAUCAUAAAUUUGACCAGUUUUUUAAACCCGAAAUUCAGUCUACGCAAAUAUUUAAUCGCUGGACGGUUUUUGCAUCGAUAUAUUACCGACCCACUUGCAUGGGGGUUUCUACUGGAUAUAAUCAACCAGCGAAAUAAUGUUUGAAAAAGUGAACAAGGAAUUGUUGCCGAUAAAAGGGCAUUACUUCCUAUACAAUGCUGCAACAGGACCCAUUGUUCCAUUUUUACCAACAAUUGCCAAGCAGAUAGGAUUUUCUAAUUCCCUCGUUGGAUUGAUUUAUGCCAUACUUCCAUUGUCUGGAUUAAUAGCAAAACCACUGUUCGGAGGCUUGGCUGACAAGUUUAAACUGCACAAGACAUUUUUUUUAAUAUUUCAACUUCUUUUGGCUGUUGCGUUUUUUGGUAUAUAUUUUAUACCAGAAAUUGAGUCAUCAGCCGAAGUGGAACUAGUCUGCGACUCAGGAGAGGCAACUAUAGAAAUUCAGUCAGCUAAUGACUUCAGUCCACGGCUUCUGAACAUUUUAAAAAACCCAAGAUUUACCAACACCGAUUGCGAACUUUCUUGCAUUGGGUCCAACGAAGCUUACAAAAAACUUUGCACUGACUGGCAUGCGGUACAAUUUUGCAGCCGAGCAGAUACAACAGACCCUGAAAUUAGUCGGUUCAACUUUACUGCUGGGCUUCAUGCCACGUUUCUUUACGGGAAAGAUAAUUUGGCUUAUCUCAUUGUGAAGACCGCUAUCUUUUCGGAUAAUGUUCCGCACACACCUGUAUGCAUGUCACAAUUGAGAACAUCUUGCUCGGCAACAUGCCCAGAAUCGUCGACCUUAACUCGGCUACUAGAAGAGUCUAGCCAACGAUCAAGCUUGUCACAAACAUCUACGUAUCAAUUUCAUUUGUUCAUAUGGUUCGCUGUUGUGAGUUGGAUUGGAAUGGCCGUUGUAGUGAGCAUAGGUGAUGCUAUAUGCAUGAGCUUGCUCGGUGAGGACAAUGAGAAGGAAUAUGGAAAGCAGAAGAUGUGGGGAAGUAUUGGCUUCGGAAUAUUUGGUAUCAGUGCUGGAUAUCUUGUAGAUUUAGCCAGUGUUGGUAAAUUGGAGAAAGAUUACAGUUCCAUAUUUUAUAUAAUGUUGAUUGCCAUGGCAUUGGAUUUAAUAGUAUCUUCAACCCUGAAAAAGAAAGAGUGCCCUGAUCGUGAGCCCUCUGUCCUGUGGGAAUUAUGGAAAGUUGGAAAAGAAGGUCGUGUCCUAGCAUUCAUAUGGUGGUGUAUUGGUGCCGGAAUCUGCACAGGUGUCGUUUGGAAUUUCCUGUUUUUGUACACAGAAGAAAUCGUGACCGGUGACCAAGUAGAUUGGCUCAAAACACUCCAGGGGCUGCUUACAGGAGUACAAUGUUUCGCUGGGGAAAUGCCUUUCAAUUUUAUUUCAGGUGCUAUCUUACAACGGCUCGGACAUGUCAACGUCAUGAGUCUAGUACUUUUGGUUUAUGCAAUCAGAUUUAUGGCCUAUAGUCUUAUUACAAAUCCGUGGAUAUUCUUGGUAGUAGAAAUAUUGCACGGUCCUUCUUUAGGCCUCUGUUGGCCUGCCAUGGUCUCAUAUGGUGAUAAAGUUGCUCCGUCUGGAACAAAAGCAACAAUUCAAGGAUUGGUUGGUGCUGUAUUUGAAGGCAUAGGUGUCUCAUUGGGCAGCUUUAUUUGCGGACUGCUUAUGGACAAUUACAAAGGUGUGAUAACAUUCCGUAUAUUUUCUGCCGGUGCGUUAUUCUGGCUCCUAAUUCACUGGCUAGUACAGUUCCUAUUGAUGAAAUCAAAAGCCAAUCCCGUUCAUCAAGGGCAUAAUCAUUUAGCGACGUAUACAGCACUUGAUGAUGGGGUUUACACGACUGCCAACCAGGAACUACAAACCUAUUGAACAAAAUAAUACUGUAUGAACUGGUAAUAUAAGUGUUAGAAUUAUGUAAUAUUAAGAUUUAGAAAAGUGAAAGCACACUUACCAGUCUGUAGUCAGGUAAUGACUGCCAGGAUAGAAACGACAAGAAGCAUCGGUUUACCUUCAAGAGUUACCUAUUAUCUUAUCUCCUAUUCUGUUUUUAUUACCCAGUUGUAAAAAUAUACAACUGGUCGAGUUGCAAUCUGUAAAUAAUUUUAUACAUACACAGAGACACACAAGUACUUGAAUAUAUGGCAAUCACUUGGCGGCUUCGUUGGACACGUUUAUUUGCCGUACAUGCGAAAGAAGACGUUUGAUAUACAUUCAGUAUUAUAUAAAUUAAUUUUUGUAUAUACACGUGUACCUAUUAAUAUAUUUUGUUUAUUUUUA